AUGCCUUGUUUGAAACCCUCUGUUGUUGAGAAGAGCCGUGCCCGUAUGAUUUUAGAUUCAUUAAUAAACUAUGCAUCAAGUUUUGGAGCGAUUUAUUGCAUAUGUUUCAAUCCCAUUUCCGAUGAAGUGAAUGAAGAAGAGGCGAAAUCCCAACGAUACUCGGUGAUCCAAGUACCGUAG